AGUAGAUCCGGCCAGGCAGACAAAAGUUUGGGAGAGAAGUUGAGUCGGUGCUGAGUGUGAGCGAGGGGGGCGGGGGCCGGAGAGAGUGGGGGCUGCCGGGCGAGUCUACGCGUGAACAGAUAGACCUGCGGACGGGACAGCCGCGGCCGUAGGCCCUUCUAAGCCCCGCUUAACCCCUGAUGCGCGGGGGGACGAAACCCCUCUCGCUGGGGGAUGCUGCGGGAUUCUUGGCGCCGGGCAUCCGGACCGCCCGCUAAACCCCUGUGCCUAUCCUGUGCCCCUCGGGAUCCGGAGUCCGGCCGCAGGGAAAGAGAAGCGGCCGCCGAGACGCUGCAGGGUGCCGGGCGGGGAGGGGGCUGGACGCCCCAGACCCGAGGGCAUGGAGCGUUUAGGGGAGAAAGCCAGUCGCCUGCUGGAGAAGUUAAGACUCUCGGACUCCGGCAGCGCGAAGUUCGGCCGCAGAAAGGGUGAAUCUAGCCGGUCUGGGUCUGAUGGGACCCCCGGGCCGGGCAAGGGACGCCUGAGUGGGCUGGGGGGACCAAGGAAAUCAGGGCCCCGUGGAGCUGCUGGGGGACCUGGGGAUGAGCCGUUGGAGCCAGCCCGGGAGCAAGGCCCCUUGGACGCUGAGCGGAACCCGCGCGGCUCCUUUGAGGUGCCGCGCUACGAAGGCUCCUUUCCGGGGGGACCUCCUCCCUCCCGGGCCUUGCCUCUACCUCAGUCGUUGCCCCCCGACUUUCGGCUGGAGACCACGGCCCCAGCCCUAAGCCCCCGCUCCAGUUUCGCCAGUAGCUCAGCCAGCGACGCAAGCAAGCCGUCCAGUCCCCGGGGCAGUCUGCUGCUGGACGGGGCGGGGGCUGGUGGAGCCGGAGGUAGCCGACCCUGCAGCAACCGUACCAGCGGCAUCAGCAUGGGCUACGACCAGCGCCACGGCAGCCCUCUGCCUGCCGGGCCAUGCCUGUUUGGCCCACCCCUGACCGGGGUUCCGGCGGGCUAUUCCUCUGGAGGGGUGCCGUCCGCCUACCCCGAGCUCCACGCUGCCCUGGACCGACUGUGCGCUCAUCGGCCCUCGGGGUUCGGCUGCCAGGAAAGUCGCCACUCGUAUCCCCCGGCCCUGGGCAGCCCGGGAGCUCUAGCCGGGGCCGGGGUGGGAGCGACAGGGCCCUUGGAGAGAAGAGGGGCGCAACCUGGGCGACACUCGGUGACUGGCUACGGGGACUGCGCCGCGGGCGCCCGAUACCAGGAUGAACUAACAGCAUUGCUGCGCCUGACGGUGGGCACAGGUGGGCGAGAAGCCGGCGUCCGCGGAGAAUCCGCGGGGAUUGAGGCGUCGGGUCUCGAGGAGCCGCCGGGUGCGUUUGUUCCAGAGGCCGCCCGGGCCCGGAUACGGGAGCCAGAGUCCAGAGAGGACUACUUUGGGCCCUCUGCUGAGCCACAUCUUUCUCACCAUCUUUGGAGGCUUAGAGGCACGUGUAUCAAGUGCAACAAAGGCAUCUACGGGCAGAGCAACGCCUGUCAGGCUUUGGACAGCCUCUAUCACACCCAGUGCUUUGUCUGCUGCUCCUGUGGACGAACUUUGCGCUGCAAGGCUUUCUACAGCGUCAAUGGCUCUGUGUACUGUGAGGAAGACUAUCUGUUUUCAGGGUUCCAGGAGGCAGCUGAGAAGUGCUGUGUCUGUGGUCACUUGAUUUUGGAGAAGAUCCUCCAGGCAAUGGGAAAGUCCUACCACCCCGGCUGCUUCCGAUGCAUCGUUUGCAACAAAUGCCUGGACGGCAUUCCCUUUACCGUGGACUUCUCCAACCAGGUGUACUGUGUCACUGACUACCACAAAAGCUACGCUCCUAAGUGCGCAGCCUGUGGCCAACCCAUCCUCCCCUCAGAGGGCUGUGAGGACAUCGUGAGGGUGAUAUCCAUGGACCGAGAUUAUCACUUUGAAUGCUACCACUGCGAGGACUGCCGGAUGCAGCUGAGUGAUGAGGAAGGCUGCUGCUGCUUCCCUCUAGAUGGGCACUUGCUCUGCCACGGCUGUCACAUGCAGAGGCUCAGUGCCCGGCAGCCCCCUGCCAAUUAUAUCUGAGAUGUAGUCACUACUGCUGCCAACACCACCACUGACAAAUUCCUCUGGCCAGUGGGCCCCUCUGAGGCCAGCCAAGGCAAGAAAGGCACUGCAGGCCUGGCAGGAGAGUCCCCUAGGAAGGGCCCCAACGGCCAGAGACCCAAAGAUCAAGACAUUCCAAAUGGGGGACUUCCCUAGUGGUCCAGUGGCUAAGACUCGCAGGGGGCCUGGGUUCGAGCCCUGGUCAGCGAACUGGAUCCCACAGCUGAAGAUCCUGCGUGUUGCAACUAAAGAUCCCAUGUGCCACAGUGAUGAUCAAAGAUCACGUGUGCCGCAGUUAAGACCUGGCACAGCCAAACAUAAUUUUUUUCUUAGAAAAAAAGACAUUCCAAAUGGAUGUGGAGGAGGAGCCCUCUAGUUGCCAUGGUAGGGGUGACUGGCCUUCGUUCCAUGUGUGCAGACUGCGCUGUAGCAUGUGACAGGCACAUACAGGUGGGUUCCAAUACUUUCUAAAGGUCUGAUUCUGGUCUGUGUAUCUAAUAUACAUUUGUGUGCACACACACUCUCUCUCCUUAGUGACUGUUACACUUGGUUCAUUAGAAGUAGCUCAUCUCUCUGGAUCUGCUGCCUCUUAGAGGGAACCAGGAUUAUCCAUUGCAGCUCCCAAGCUCUGAGGUUCUGGGAGCCAGAGAGGCAAAACUCUUGGUUCUAAUGUUUGGCUAGACCUCUUAAUCAAUUCACUGAAAGUUUACUUAAAGUUCAUUUCUCUUAAUGACCAGGUUGCCAAAAACAGUUCUCUUUUGGGUAUUUUUAUAGCCAUUUCGUUGUUCUGUUCUGUUCUUGGGUAUUUCAGAUUUUUAUCUUUUUAUCUAAGAGUACUCUUGAGUUAUCAGCAACAUAAAUUUAUCAGAUUUGCAGCACUUUGUAAAUGAUUGGAUUGCUUCUUACCUUUGUGGAUAAUAUCUUUUUCUAUGUUAACCUACUUUUCAAACAUUAAACAAAUUUUUUUUUUUUUUUUUUAAUUUUUUGACCACACCAUGUGGCAUGUGGGAUUAGUUCCCCCACGAGGAUCAGACCCAUGCCCCCUGCAUUGGAAGCUCAGAGUCUUAACCACUGGACCACCAGGGACAUCCCAAACUUUUUUUUUUUUUAAGUAUAAAGUUUCCAGCAAUAAAUAUAAUUGGUACAAACA